CUUUCUCGUCCCCCAACUAACGCAGUUUCCUGCUCGCCAACAAGAGCAAUAAUCACUUUUUACCCCUCCGAUCCCCCUUCUCUCCUUCCUCGCCUCCGACUUCCCGCCGACCGGCCGGUCUAGGCCAGAUCUCUCCCCCUCUCGCAUCUUCUGCUUUCGCAUCGCGCGCUAUCCCGUCCCGGCGUCCCCGAUCACCUCCUCCGCGGACCUCCCCACCAGCUGUGCCCUUGCUUGCCGCUCGGGCCUGAUCUACUGCUCUCUGCUGUCAGGUUGGCUCCGUUUCUCCGUGUGGAUGCUUUUUCGGGGCUUGGGAUGUCGAUUUUGUGGCUCUGCGGUUUCUUGGGAACGGAUCAGGAGUGAGGGUUGAAACGGGGAAGAGCUCGAGUUCGAAGUGAAGCUUGUGCUGCGGUUUUCUUGCCAGGCUUUUGCUUUUCAGCUCAGGUUCUUGAAUUUAUGUUGUGGAUUAACUGGCUUUCAGAUAAAGGUGUAAGUGUAUCGUGAUAUGGAUGAGUUCUUUGACUAACUGGUUCAGGAUCUAGUCUACUGUAACUAUUUUUUAUGGUAUGUUGGUGAAACUUCUUGAACUAUCCAUGAAUUGGUUCAUUGAUGCUCAAAUAAUGGAGCAGAAGACUGAUUUUCUUAGUGAGAAGUGCAAUCUAUGCUUGGGUUGGCUGAAACAGUUCUCAGCGAGGGGUUUGAAGAAUCAUCUGUGUAACCAUUAUUUUGGAACAAAGAAGGUGAAGGAGACCUCGAGAAGGCUGCUAUUCCUGUGGUUAGCUGGAUGGGUCCUUUGUGCUAUAUGGAUUUUUUGGUUUAUGAACUCUCAAGCUGUAGAAAAGAGGAGAGAGAUGCUAGCAAGUAUGUGUGACGAACGUGCAAGAAUGCUUCAGGAUCAGUUUAACGUUAGCAUGAACCAUCUGCAGGCCCUAGCGAUUCUGAUCUCAACUUUUCAUCAUUCCAAGGAACCAUCUGCUAUUGAUCAGAUAAUUUUUGCACGAUAUGCUGAAAGGACUGCUUUUGAGAGGCCACUGACUAGUGGAGUGGCAUAUGCUGUAAAGGUGCUACAUUCAGAAAGAGAACUGUUUGAGAGGCAACAUGGUUGGCAAAUUAAAAAAAUGGAUUUAACAGAGCAGCCCCCAGCUCGAGAAGAAGAUGCAGAUCUUGAGAGCCCAGAGAUAUCUCCUAUAGAAGAUGAAUAUGCUCCUGUUAUCUUUGCCCAGGAUGCUUAUAAGCAUGUGAUUUCAGUUGAUUUGUUAACUGGAAAGGAAGAUCGUGAAAAUAUCCUAUGUGCAAGGGAAUCUGGAAAGGGUGUUUUAACUGCUCCUUUUCCACUUCUAAAAUCAAAAAGACUUGGGGUUAUUCUCACAUAUGCAGUUUACAAAUCAGAACUUCCUUCAAAUGCAACACCGGCUCAGCGCAUCAAAACAGCCAUUGGGUAUUUGGGUGGAAUAUUUGAUAUUGAAUCUCUAGUGGAUAAGUUACUUCACCAACUUGCUUGCAAGCAUUCCAUUGUGGUCAAUGUUUAUGAUACAACUGAUCCUGAUCGACCAAUUAGCAUGUAUGGUUCAACUAUGACAGGUACUGGUAUAUACCAUAUUAGUACCCUUCAAUUUGGUGAUCCAAUAAGAAAGCAUGAGAUGCAUUGCAGGUUCAAACAAAAAGCUCCUUUGCCUUGGCUUGCAUUAACAACAUCAAUUGGAACUCUCGUGAUUGCCCUAUUAGUAGGAUAUAUAUUUCAUGCCACUGUUAGCCGCAUUGCAAAGGUAGAAGAUGAUUAUAGGCAAAUGAUGGAGCUUAAAAAACAAGCUGAAGCUGCAGAUGUUGCAAAAUCUCAGUUCUUGGCGACUGUUUCUCAUGAAAUAAGAACUCCAAUGAAUGGUGUAUUGGGGAUGCUUCAAAUGCUCAUGGAUACUGAUCUGGAUAUGACCCAGGAUGACUAUGUUAGAACUGCCCAUGCCAGCGGUAAAGCUCUAGUCUCUCUGAUUAAUGAGGUUUUGGAUCAAGCAAAAAUUGAGUCGGGUAAACUUGAGCUGGAAGCUGUGCCAUUUGACUUGCGAGCAGUAUUGGAUGAUAUUUUGUCACUCUUCUAUGGGAAGGCUCAGGAGAAGGGACUAGAGUUAGCAGUAUUUGUCUCUGAUCAAGUUCCUGAAGUCCUUAUUGGUGACCAUGGAAGAAUACGCCAAAUCAUCACAAAUCUGAUAGCAAAUUCAAUAAAGUUCACGGAGAGAGGACAUAUAUACCUGACUGUGCAUCUUACUGAAGAAGUGAGUUCGUUGGACUUCGAAACAGAAUACCAUUCCAGAAAUAGCUUGAGUGCCUUCCCAGUGGCAGAUAGAAGACGUAGCUGGAAAAACUUUAAACUCUUCAAACAGGGCCUUUCUGCAACUGAUCCAUCACUUGUGUCAACACCUUAUGAUCUAAUAAACCUGAUCAUAUCUGUUGAAGACACAGGGGUGGGUAUUCCUCAUGAAGCACAAUCACGGGUAUUCACUCCUUUUAUGCAGGUGAGACCAUCAAUUUCUCGUAUUCAUGGAGGGACUGGUAUUGGCUUGAGUAUUAGCAAACGUCUAGUUGGUCUUAUGAAGGGUGAGAUUGGAUUUGUGAGUGAACCUCAGAUUGGUUCCACUUUCACUUUCACUUUCACAGUGGUCCUUACAAGUUCUUAUACUAACACAAAUGAGUAUAAAUCAUCUGAAUUUCACGGGCUUACUUCAUUGGUAGUCGAUGAUAGACCAGUACGAGCAAAAGCCACUAAAUAUCUUCUUCAGAGGCUGGGAAUAAAUGCUAUACUAGAAAUGGACCUAAAUCAAGUUCUUAAUCGAAUAGCUAGUGGAACAGGGGCUACAAAUUUGGUGCUAAUCGAAAAGGAAAUAUGGUUGAAGAAUAUUAGCAUCUGGCCUUUCAUUAUGAGCAAGCUAAAGGAUGAUCAGUUGGAUAUCCCUAAGGUCAUUCUUUUGGCAAAUCCUACAGAUUCUUCGAAAAGGAACUCUUCUAGUUCAAUGGAAUAUAUCUCAACUAUAAUCACGAAACCACUCAGAGUGAGCAUGCUCCAACUAUCUUUGCAAAGGGUUAUGGGUUGUGGAGAUGGGGAACAUUCCCGGAAUGGAUGGCUUCCACAGUUGCCAUUGCAUAGCCUUCUUCGUGGGAAACAAAUUCUAGUUGUUGAUGACAAUGUUGUGAAUCUUAGAGUAGCUGCUGGUGCUCUGAAAAAAUAUGGUGCUGAAGUAACUUGUGCAGAUAAUGGGAAGAGUGCUAUAAAUAUGCUCAAGCCACCACACAUAUUUGAUGCUUGUUUUAUGGACAUCCAGAUGCCUGAAAUUGAUGGAUUUGAAGCUACGAGAAGGAUCCGGGAGAUGGAAGCUGAUAUAAAUAGUAAACUAAAGCAUGGGGAGGUGCUGUUGGAUUCUCUGGGGAAUGAAUUGCAUUGUGACGUGCCCAUAUUUGCCAUGACAGCAGACGUGAUCCAAGCAACACACGAGAAGUGCCUCAAGCUUGGAAUGGAUGGCUAUGUUACAAAGCCUUUUGAGGGGGAGCAGUUGUACAGGGAACUGACUAGAUUCUUUAAAUCAACAAAAAAGAAUCAAUAGUCAUGUUGAAUAGGAAGGUAGGUCAAAGCAAGAUCAUGGCAUGGUAUUAAACCACUUCCACAUCAGGCACUUCUCAAUGGAAUAUUGAGUUAAUUCGUAAAGGUGAUAGCGGUGUUGAAUUAGUCUUUUGUCCAUCAAAUUGUACUAUAACUUCACAUGAAGCUUCAUGCGUGCUGCACAACCAUAUGUGAAAAUUUCUUUCUCAAACAUGGUUGGAGGAUAAAUGCAGCUCUUGGUCCAGGAUAGAAACCGUUGACCGCUGCUGCUUCCUUGUCCAAUAAGGUGGAUCCCAGAAGAUCCAAAGUUUUCCCUGUAACAUACAUUGUAUAUAGAUUAACAUGCACUUUGUUGUUUUUGUUUCUUUCUUCUGUUUACUUCCUAAUUAUCGUGAUAAAACAUGUCUUCCUCGUAGAGUUAGAAUUCUUGUAUGUAAAUUACACACAUUCAAUAAAGUAUGUGGCUUGUGAAUU